UUAACCACGGGGCGAUAUGUUCUGCUUUGAAAACGGAACGGGACUUUUUCAUGGUGCUUUUUCACAGUAUGGCACUUUAAGGUCUACAACUACAUCUCACUCUCAAGGUAUUUUGGGUGACAGCUGUUUAAUAAAGUUUUACCCAGUUUAUUUUUAUUUAUUUUUUUCGUUAGCCUUAAUUGCCACCGUUUAUAUCAAACUGCGCACAGUAGCUGCUUCGAUGAGAUGCCUGGAGGUUUGGGUUAAACAGGAAGCUUUUCCCGGGGUGAAGUUGAGGAAAGACGAAAAAACUUCCUCCGUGUGCUGCCUGCCACGUCUGAAACCCACUCCCGGCACUUCCUGGUCAGGACACGGCUAAAAGCAGCAGCAGCAGCGGCGGAGGAGAGGGAUAAGACUUGAAGUCACUGACGAUCUGCCAUGCUGCCCAGACUUCCUGUCCAUAUACUCAUUUCUUGGCCAGUUCUUCUGGUGCAGGUCAGCACGGCCGAUCCAUCCAAGAAGAGCCCUGCUGCCCCAACCAGACCUCCAUCCCGCCCUCCUCCUCCUCUGGCUGACCCCAGCUGGGCUCUUGGUCUGCACCUGUACCAGGCCCUCCGCUCUGACUCGAUCUCUGUAAACACCCUCUUCUCCCCUCUGCUUGUGGCCUCCUCACUUGGAGCGCUGGAUGGAGGUUCAGCAGGUACCACUUCCAGCCAGCUCCAAGACCUCAUCAAGACCCCAUCCCCCUCCAAGGCUGGAGCCCACACUGGGGAUCUUCUGUCCGAGGCGUUAAAGAGCUUCACUGCAGCCAAUGGUACCAGCUUUCACCUGCACACAUCCUCAGCUCUGUUUUCCAAGCAAGCUCCUCCAGUCAGCCAGGCGUUUGUGAAGGAGAGCCAGGCUAGGUUCAGGCUGCUGCAUCAGCCACUGGGAAAAGGAGACUCCAAGGCUGACCUGAAGCAGCUCCAUGGUUGGGCCAAGGCUGGGCUUGGUGGGCUGGAGGGAGCUCCUUUAGCAGCUUACAUCCAGGCUAAGGCUGGAGCUCUGAUACUGGCCAAUGCCCUGCGCUUUAAAGGCCUCUGGGAGAGAGAGUUCAGCGAGGGGAGCACAGAUCAUCGUACCUUCUUGGGGAAGGAAUACACCAAAGUAAUGAUGAUGCACAGAGCAGGUUUGUACCGUCACCAUGAAGACAUAGAAAACAUGGUGCAGGUUCUGGAGGCGCCUCUAUGUGGGGGCAAGGCCAGCGUUGUGCUUCUAAUGCCCUUUCAUGUGGAGAGCCUGGCAAGGUUGGAGAAGCUUCUGACUCUUGAGCUGCUGUCCAAGUGGCUGGAGAAGACCAAUAUCACCAGUGUGUCCAUCUCGCUGCCCGUGACCAACAUCACCAGCACACUCAGUCUGCAGAAGCAGUUGUCUGCUCUGGGCUUGACCGAUGCCUGGGACCAGAAGGUGGCCGACUUCUCGGGGGUGUCAGACAAGGGCAAGGGGAAACUCCACCUGGGUGGAGUCCUCCAUUGGGCUUCCCUUGAGCUGGCUGCUCAAGCUGGGAAAGGAGACGCAGAUCUAGAGGAGGAGAACAUAGAAAAGCCCAAACUGUUCUACGCUGAUCACCCCUUCAUCAUCUUUGUCAGAGACAACACGACUGGAGCCCUGCUGCUCAUGGGAGCUCUGGACCAUGUAGAGGGAGAGGCCCUCCAUGAUGAACUGUAAUACCCACCAACAUAUAUAUCCUUUUCCAGUCUUCUUUUUUGGCUCUGUGUCUUACAAGCUCCCUCUCAAAGACGACCUACUGGUUUCUAAGUCGAUACAUUGCCAUUCACUGUGGCACCCUAUCACAUCAGACAACGGCUGGCUGUCAUACAUAGACGCUGCAUAGUCCUGCGCUGACUGACACUGACAUACCUGACACACACACACACACACAGACCCCUACAUGGCAUACAUAAAGAUACAGUGUAAGACAUAACUGAAGUCGACGGAUACAGCAAAAACACUAACUUGGAGAGACUCCCUGCAUUGUCUCUCUCACACACACAUACGCACACAUUCAAGGCCUCAAUGAUCAACACAAACCAAAAUAAAAAAGAACGCACUGACAAACCCUAACAUGCUGACGAGCAGAAGUGGCUACACUCACUCAACACUUAACAGCGGCAUCUACAAAGAACAGAGACUUACAGUGACACUUGAAUCCUCCCUGUCAGCCAAACACCAGAGCCUGUUAGUGAGCGAGUGAGUGAGCGAGUGAGUGAGCGAGUGAGUGAGCGAGUGAGUGAGCGAGUGAGUGAGCGAGCGUGCGCGGUGACCGACAGAUCAAGGGUGCCCAUGCGGCCGCUCCCGAAGCUGACAGGGACCCACGGUGGGGUCCCCUGGGCUACAUCAGAGGAAGACUGAUGGAUCAGCCAAGUGCUUAUUGAUGAGCCAGCUUAAUGCUAAUGGCCGUAAUGACUCACAACGCUUGUCAACAACACGGAGAGGACGGGGAACCUUUUAAUCUCUUAAUACCAGCCAGGAUCAAUGACAGCGCUAUGCCGCUGGAAACAAACACGACUGACAUCGCUCGACUUAAAUAUAACAACUUAAUAUUUAGGAUGAUUACAGCCAUUCAAAGAGGUAUUGAUUUUUAUUUGUACAUUUAGUUUUUUUUUUUUUAAGCACCAGAGGAAAUGAUUGUGAUAUGUGAAUGAACCACAGUAGCUCCUGUGGUAUGUGUGAAGUGUAUGUUUGAUAUUUGAUGAGGUGUAUUUUUUUAAAUAAAUAUUUCUGUUUGAUAGAAACCAA